AUGGCGGAGAAGCAGAAAAGGAUAGAGAAGACGCGAGAAGGAGUUCCCAUUUGGGAUGGAGAUGCCGGAACAUAUCAGGAGUUUGAAGAGAGCGCUUUGCUGUGGGAGCAAUCCAUUGCAAUGCACAAGCGCUACUUGUGCGGCCCGAGGCUUCUCACAGAGCUGACGGGCACUGCUCGCAGGUUCACUGUGGGCAAGCAUCCCGAAUGGCUCUCCUUCAAUGGAGGCGUGCAGCGGCUUCUGACGUACCUGAGGUCAAACUUGGGCCUUCCACAGAUGCCUGAACUGACGGAUCAUUUGAGCCGUUACUUCCGGCAGUCCAGGCGCAAGAAGGGGGAGACCAUGAAUGAGUACGUCACUAGAAAGUCAGAACUGUAUGCAAGAGCUAGGCAAGGACUUCACAGGGUGAUGUCUCACUAUGAGAAAAAGAAGCCAGCGUGGGAGAAGAGCUACGGCGGCUAUAGCCGUCCGGGGUCCACCGACCCUUGGGCCAACUACAGGAGGACACCCUCCCUGGCUGGCAGUCAGAACCUGAGUGCUGAGGAGAUUCAGGAUGAUCGGGAAGCGCUUGCUCGACCUGAUGAUCAAGCUGAGGCCACCGAGGAUGCAACUGAGGAGCGAAGCUCCACUGGUCCAGGUCCUUCAGGAGACUCCUGGAGUUAUCCGGACUGGUGGUCAAAUGACUGGUGGAGUACCUCUUGGACACCUUCCGAGAAUGCCGACUGGAAUGUGGAAGCCCCUGAACUACUACCAGAGUAUGUUCAGGGCUGGUACCUCCUGUUUGAUUCUGGCCUGGACACCAACGAGCGCAACAUGAUCGUGGCAGCCCUGAAGGGCGACUUCACUAUGACCCGAGUGGCACAGGAGCUACACAGCCAGUGGACUGAUGAGGACCUGCGUCGUCGAGAUGCAGCUAAUCGUCACUCCAGCUGGUGGGUGGAUGAGAAUGAAGAGGCCGAGUCUGAGGACUAUGACACUGCCUGGGUUGCCCAGGCUCACCGCAACUUCAAUGACGAGGGCCUCGCACUCCUGGGUGAAGCUGAAGAUGUGGCUCAAGAAGCCCUAGCCAUGAUGGAGCGCGGGCGUCGCACCUUGAAAGAGGCCAGACAGAAACAACAUCAGGUGAGGAUGUCCCGGAAGUACUACCGCACCAACUUCAAGCCCUCUGGAAGCACUUCGGCUGUAGCUUCUGGCACAGAUCAAAAGUGCUUCCGAUGUGGUGGUCCUCACAAGACUUCAUCAUGUCCAAAGGCAAUGGCAACAACGACAGCCUCUUCAGCCGAAGAGCAGGCUGCACCUUUCAUCUGUUUUGCACAAGACCAGAUCACCAAGGACCAUGAGAUUGUGGAGCCCUAUGUCCCGGACGACCACGAGGUGAACUACCUGGAUGCUGGGUUCUCCGAUGCUUGCCCAGAGGCCUUCUUUGAUGUUGCCGACACCAACAGCAUAGGGCCUAUCUCCACUCAGAUGGCCGUCGAACAAGGCAAGGCUGUCGUUGAUGGAGGGGCUACAAAGACCCUUGGCAGCGUGGUGGCCCUCGAGAAGAUCAUUGCCCUCAACAAGUACAAGCAUGGGACUUCUCGUUUGGCCGACCUUGACUUGGAGAACAAGCCUACGUUUGGUUUUGGAAAUUCAUCAAAGAACCAGUGCGUGUCCACAGCCUCACUCGAGGUUCAAGCUGAUGGCAAACCUGGACAAGUACAAGUACAUGCGUUGGAUGCGGGAGCAGGACCUGUGCUGUUCUCCAUUGAGUCCUUACGGGCCUUGGGAGCAAUCAUCGACUUCUCUGAGGACAUGGUCGUCUUCCGCAAGAUCAACCCGUCCAAGAUCAUCAAGAUGGAACGUUCGGCCACUGGCCAUCAGCUGCUGCCCAUGACUCAGGAUUGGUACAGUGAUGCUCAGAGCACUGCACAGCCAGAAUUGGUGGAAGAGCUCCUGAUGACCUUUGGCGAAACAGCUCCAAAACAGUGGAGCAUCAUGGAGAUCGAGAGUCGCCUUUUGGAACUCAAGGAAGCCAACGGGAUGGUCACUCAGAAAGGGAAGGUACGGCCACCGAUGCGCCAUGCCAUGAUCGAACUGAACAAGGCCAGCAAGAAGAAGUCCGACCUUGUGGACUACGUGAACAACAAGCUCAUGGUGAAGACCCGCGGCACCGAGACCAUUCAGGAGCUGCAGCGCUUGGGCACCAAGAAGAUCUACCAGACCACAGCCGCCUCUCCGGAGGACCCUGUGGGGUUCGGGGAACACUGCAGUCUGCAGUACCACGAGCUUCUAGCCCAACACCCACAGUAUGCCAGCUGGGUCGUGAAGACCGCCACCGAGGGGGAAUGCGACUACCGCCUGGCCCGUCUGGCCAAUUGGCUCCAGAGCCCAGAGGCACAGCAUCCGAUGCCGACCUACAAGCAGACCUCCAGCGGCUACAAGAACACAUCGACGCCGGCCAGCGGCUCGAAUGGCAAGACCGAGAACAUGAUGAUGCAGAUGAUGCAGAUGAUGCACGCCCUCAAGGAGGACGUGGACAAUCUGAAAGCCGAGAGGCCUCACAAGAAGGCCCUGCUAUCACACCAGCGCAUAGAGCUGCUGGAAGUGGCAUGUUCGGCCGACAGCGUGCUGUCUCGCACCAUGCAACAAAAGAAAGGUGACGAGGGUGCGGCCCGGGAGUGUCAGAGGAUGUGCUCAGGGAAGCCGAACGUUUUGAGUGUUCAGUUUGUAAGGAGUCAUGUGGUUCAAGAAUACUGUGAUAGGCACCAAAUAAUGUUGGACAUUAUUCCGGGUGAAGCUCACUGGAAGGUGGGCAUUUGUGAACAGGCUAUUCAGGGUACCAAGACUCUCAUGAACAAAAUAGCUGAAGAUGACCCAGAAGUCACCGCAGCAGAAGCUUUGGCUGAAGCCACUAGGACCUUUAAUAGCCGAGAACUGAUCCGAGGCUAUUCGCCCAUCCAACAUGCCCUUGGCCGUGCGCCUGAUGCUACCGGGCGACUUUUCCCUUGCGGCCCCAGUGAAUGUCCAGAGCUGCUGGUAGAGAACGCCUCUGGCGAGAUGGAUCGCCAGCUCCAGCGAAUGCAAAGUGCGGAAAAGGCCUUCCUAGAAUGGACGGCAAGCCAGAGACUCCAAAAAGCCAAGAACUCAAAACCCAGAGAUGUCACCAACUAUGAGCCAGGAGACCUAGUGUAUGUGUGGAGAAAGCAAGUGAGCGGCCAAGCAGCCAUUAAAGGUGGCUCGUUUGUGGGGCCAGCCCGCAUCCUGGCGGUGGAGCAACAUCGCUCUCCCGACGGGACCCACAAGCAGGGCAGCUCAAUUUGGUGCGUCAGAGGGAGAAGACUUCUCAAGUGCUCCCCAGAGCAACUACGUCGAGCCUCCGAGCGGGAGGUCCUCUUAGAAGAACUACAUGCCAAACAAUACGAUGACUGGGACUUUGAUAGAGUAGCUCAACAACUUGGAGGGAACGAGUUUCUGGAUGUGUCCACCGAAGUACCCUCUUAUGCAGAAUGGCUACGAGCUCAAGAUCCAGUCCAAGAAUGGCAACCAAUGAGAAGAUGUGCAAGAAAACGAGGCCCCAUGGUAGAUGAGAUGAGUGGCAUGGGACCGGCUCCUCCAACAUCCAGGCCAACAGGGCGAUCCAGGAGUCCAACUUCCAGGCCUACGCCUUCUACAUCUUCAGGAGCACCCGUGUCACAGAGGCCUCGAAUGAGUGCCCAACAAGGCAUGGCUGCUGCCCCACCAUGGUGGAACCAGUCAAGUAUCCAGGAAGUGUUUGCAGUCACCGAGUGCACCUUCUGGAUGGAUGAGACCGCGGCCGUGGCCGUGGAGGUUCCCAUGCCAGACACACGUGCUGGAUCUGAACGAGCUCUUCGAGAUCUCCCUUCUUACUUUGCCAGUAGCUUGAAGAAACGGUCAGCAGUUGAAGUCUGUGAGCGUCACCUAUCUGAGGAAGAGCGACAACAGUUCCGAUCUGCAAAGGCCGUGGAAGUGAGUAACUUCAUAGCUGCCAAGGCUUUUGAAGCCCUUCCAGAGAAACUUCGCCCAGCACGCGAACAAGCAGUGAAGAUGCGUUGGAUUCUGACAUGGAAGCAGAAGGAGGAUGGCAGCCGAAAGGCGAAGCCAGAGUCUGAGAAAACACAGCUUCGGGCCUUGCUGGGAGGGGUCUCAUGGCACGCACAACAAGUUGCGCCCCACUUCAGUGCUGAAGUCGGCUUGCUGUUGUCAGAGGUGAACAAGAGUACUAUAGAGACCAUUUACAAGGCUAACAGGAUCUGCCGCAGCCCCGGAGCAGCAGAAGCAGCAGCAGCAAACAACGGAGAAGAUCUCCUCUUUUUUGCGAGAUUCCAACUGGCAGAAAUGAUGGGAGCUCAGGUCAAUGUGAGAGACAUCAACAGUGUCGUCAACCAGAUCAGUGGAUGCCUGGUUACUGACUCCAGGAAUGUGUACGACAAGUUAGAGACCGAGGUCUUGUCCGUGAAGGGCGCUGAGAAGAGAACAGACCUGGAGUUACUCUCCUUGAAAUCUGCCCAGAUUCGCAAUGCUGUGGAGAUUAGAUGGGUUCAUAGUGAAGCUCAGCUAUCAAACGGGUUGACCAAGAGCAACGAGCACAAGCAACUGCACCUGUUCUACCGCAUGGGCCACAAGUGGCGCAUAGUCGAAGAUGAAGAAAGAGCGUCAGCUCGGAAAAGGAAACUGCUAGGCCUGGAGCCUCUUGAAAACAGAAAGAGUCAAGGGCCAGAAAUCGAGCCGGAGACACCAUGGAAACCCACGAAAUGA